AUGGGCGCUGGCGCCGCAGAGGGGCCCCCUAGGGCUUGGGGGCCCCCAGAUGCCGCUCCGCAGCUUCUCAAGAAAUUCCUCUUGGGAACUCCUUCCCUCAAACCGUGGUCUUUGGCACCGUUACAUGCAGGGGGAACGGAUUGGAGGUCUCUUGCCACUCGAACGCUCCUUCCGUUUGCACGGAGGAGGGCUGUAGCAUAUAGAGGCUGCAACUUCUCCCUGUACCGCUGCACGUGGCAACAAGGAGGCUGCUAUUGGGGAAUUCCUCUGGGGCCUCCUGCGGAGGAGAUCGACGGUGUGCUCACCCAGAAGGACAAGCAAACUCUAAGAGCAACGCGGGAGGUCCUAAGGCAAAACUGGAGAGAGAACCUCAAGAGCUUUGCAGUUCAAAUUGAAGUAGGUGGAGAUUUCUACUGCCCUCCUUUCGUUGCUGUGUCUUCUACACAUAUCUAUUGCCAGCUAUGCGAAAUUACUAAAGAUCAGACUUUGCAAUUUUUGCAUCCGCCUUGGUUAGAGGCGGCAUACGCCUCCCCUGUCCCGCGCGCACGCCUAUCGUCUGCGGCGGCAGGCCAAAGCUCAGCAGCUGCUGCUGCAGGCACCCGAUACGAGCGCCUCCUAAGAAUAGCAGCAGCGGAGGAAGCGAGUGCAGCAAAGGCCUUUGCAGCGACGCCUUUCGCUGCGCCCCCAGCAGCAGCGGCAGCUCCGAAAGGCGAGACAAGCGAGGAGCCCCUCCGAGUCUUGCACCGUGCAUCGAAGCGGCCGUUGUCUUCUGCCGCUGCUCCAGAAGCGGGGGGGGGGCCCUCCGCGCCUUCUGGGCGUCGCCGAACGCUGCGCCGGGGCCCCCGGGUGGGGGCCCUCGGGGCCCUGAGCGAAAUAGACAGUCUCAUCCGGCCCACGAGUUUGGACUUGGCGUCUCUGGGCGCAUCUGCGCUGCCUCUCUCUCUGGCAAGCAGCAAAUUCAACAGAAAUCCCUACGAGCACCACGCGCUCAUCGUGGGGGCCUUCUGCCUCGCCUCGCAUGCGUUCUACGCAGCCCGAUCGGGGGCCCCAGGGAGCCAGCCAGGCACGCUUGGCGCGCAACCGGAUCUCCUGCACGGGGAGCUGUACGAGGGCCCCCAGCAGGGCCUGCACGGGGAGCGGGGGGCCCCUUUCCUGGGUGCCCUCCAUGACGCGACGGCCGCCGACUUUAGGAUUGGCAGGGAGGCCCUUAGAGUCACCGAGCAGCGAGAGCGCGAAGCGCUCUGCCCCUGCCUCGCCAGUUUCGCAGGGUUAGGGGUUUUACAGAGGGCUGCCCCUGACGCGUGUGCGGGGGGGGAGAAGGCGGCGAGGAUUUGCAGCCGUGAGUUGGGUAGGAUUUCCGCUGUUGUCGGGGUCGACUAG